AUGCGCAGCGGCAAGGACGCGGCGCUGUACGGCGCUGAGCUGCGGCGUGUGAUGCGUUUCCUGGGCAUCAGCGACGGCAACAUGGCGGAGGGCUCCAUGCGCUGCGACGUCAACGUGAGUGUGCGGCCCAAGGGCCAGGAGGCGUUUGGCACCAAGGUGGAGGUCAAGAACAUGAACAGCUUCAGCAACAUGCAGAAGGCCAUCGAGUUCGAGAUCGACCGACAGGUGUCGCUGAUCCGCGCGGGCCGCGGGGCGGAGGUGGUGCAGGAGACGCGGCUGUGGGACGAGGGGCGGCAGGAGACCACCAGCAUGCGCAAGAAGGAGGGGCUCGCAGACUACAG